AUAAAAACCCUUUCUUUCCUUCUUCCUCCCUGCUACGAUUCAGCUUCCAUCACUUUCCCUUCCGCCAUUACUGAGAAAUUAGCAAGCAGAAAAAAGAAAUGUUCAAAUCCCUUCAUUUUUAAUUCAAACUCUGAAAUUUCCUCCAUUCCAUUUCUGCGCUCUUGAGAGACUCCCAUGGAUUCCUCACCUAGAUCUACCAAUCUCUCUCCCAUAUACACCAUCAAUGUCCUCCAUGCCGAUUCCUACAAGGAGAUGUCGAGAAUCACCAGCUCCAUGGACCUUGUGGUCGCCGAUCAAGACCACCUGAUGCUUGCUCAGGUGCUUCGCCCUGAUCGAGAUCACGUCCAUAAGGUUCUUCACCGAUCCAAAUCCAAAUCCAAAUCCCUUUCUGAACUCAUAUCUUCUUACUUCGAUAACAGCGAGAAAACCACCAGAUUCUGCCUCUCCCUCCGCCGGUGCAUCGCCGAAGCCUGGAGACUGUAUCGGCCAAUCCAAAACCUUAUCGACCAACUUCCACAGUCCCACUGUGACCUCGUCUUCCAAGAAUUCGGUAAAUUCGAUAAGGAACACAAUCCUUUCCCCGGCCCUGACUCACCGACCUUAGAUCAAAUCCGAGACCUCUUCGGCGUUCUCAAUCGGCAACUGGAACGACGCCUUAGCAAAUCCAGUUCCAGGAUUCGCUUUGUUCGCCCUCCCACCGUCUGCUGCAGCGGCGCUGCCAUCACCGCCUAUACUCUUGCUAAGUUCACCAGGAGAGAACUGGCGUAUGAAGCUCAGAUUAAAGUUGCAUCUAGGAAUACCUAUAUCCUAAAGACUGACCUUGACACGCUUGAUAGCCUCGUUAGGCGUUUGCAUAACGCCGUUGAGGGCGACAAGCGUUACAUUCAGAUGGGUUUGGGCAUAAUGAAUGAUAAUAACACAGCUCAGGAAGUACUCAAACAUUUGGAGAUGGACCAACAGAAUUUGAGGCAUUGCCUUGAUCUUCUUGAGCAAAAGAUAACAACUUGUUUGAUCACUGUCAACCAAUCAAGAUCUCUACUACUCCAGGAGAUUUUACAUCAUCAAUCCAAAGCUGAAUCUUCUCAUUCCCAAUAGUCACAUUUAACUAAAUCUG